CUGCUUUUCCGGUCGUUCAAGACCAACCAUGCGCCUUAUCAGGAUAUGAGAGCUCAUAAUAGAUCACUCUUUUUUAUCUGGUGUGUGAUUGUGGCAUUGAUAGAAUAUCCGUCCUAAGAAGGUUUACGGCGAACUGUGUUGUCGUAAGAUUAGUUAAAAGAUAAUAGAGAACCCAACCCUGCCAUGUCGGACACGGAGCAGCAGUUUAUGGAAACUUCAGAAAACGGACAUGAAGAAGAGGAGGACUUGAAUGGAGCUGAUCCAACCGAAGAGCCAGAGGAGAAUGUAGCUCAGAACGAGGAGGCAGAAGUAAACGCGGACGAAGUUGGUGAAGAAGCUGCCGAGGCAGAUUCGCAAAAUGGUGUACCGGAUGGCGGACAGAUUAACGCCAGCAAAGGAGAAGAAGACGCGGGGAAAAUGUUUGUGGGAGGAUUGAGCUGGGACACUAGUAAGAAGGAUCUUAAAGAUUAUUUCUCCAAGUUUGGUGAAGUUACAGACUGUACCAUUAAAAUGGAUCAACAUACUGGAAGAUCAAGAGGAUUUGGUUUUAUCCUGUUCAAAGAGGCUUCAAGUGUGGACAAAGUGCUAGAACAAAAAGAACACAGACUUGAUGGGCGACAAAUCGACCCAAAGAAAGCAAUGGCAAUGAAAAAGGAACCACAAAAGAAAAUUUUUGUAGGUGGCCUUAACCCAGAAACUACUGAGGAGAAGAUCCGGGAAUAUUUUGAACCUUUUGGAGAGAUUGAAGCCAUUGAGCUCCCUUUGGACCCAAAGUCGAACAAAAGGAGAGGGUUCGUCUUCAUCACAUUCAAAGAAGAGGACCCAGUCCAAAAGAUCCUCGAGAAGAAAUUUCACAAUGUGAGCGGCUGUGACACAACAAACGGAAAAGAAGGACUGUGUGAGAUAAAAAUUGCCCAGCCAAAAGAAGUAUACCAGCAACAGCAAUUUGGGGGUCGAUAUGGCGGGAGAGGCAGAGGACGUGGAAACCAAGGUCAGAACUGGAACCAAGGUUAUAACAACAACUACUGGAAUCAGGGAUACAGUAACCAAGGAUAUGCCUAUGGGGGACAGCAAGGCUAUGGAGGAUAUGGCGGCUAUGGCAACUAUGGAGAUUACUCAACAGGUUAUUAUGGAUAUGGGGGCAACUAUGACUACAGCCAGGGCAAUGCAAGCUACGGCAAAACUCCAAGACGUGGCGGCCAUCAGAGUAGCUACAAGCCAUAUUAAAAAAGUGCAGGUCUGAAGUAACUGCUGAACAGGAGCCAAUGUUAUGCUCACAGAAGAGGAACACAUUUUUUUGCAUUCUCUUUGGCAGAAUUUGGGCUCAUUGGCUAUAUCUGGACUGAACAACUGAGGAAUGGGGGAAUUGAAUGUCUUUUUUUCACAAUUUAAUUUUAUCAUAUUCUUCCAUGUCCACAUUACAUUUCCAUGAUGGAAGUGUUAUUUUUACUGUACUUUUUGGUACCUUUUGAUUGUAAUGUAUCGUAUUUUACAUGUCUGCUGGACUUAACAGAAUUAUGCUCAGAACAAUUGGAGUGCUUUUGAAAUAAAUGUUUUUGAGUUUCUUUUCCCCUUU